CACCACCUUUCAGAACCUUCCGUCGCCUUCCAGAAGCCCACCCCCUCAGCACCAAUAUAAACUGCCCUCUCCCGCCUCGUCACUCCCCACACCGAGAAAUCUAGCAAUCCAAAGAAACCAACACAGCGACAAGCAAAGCAGCGAUCCGAGAUCCGCCAGCGGCAGCGAGAGCGAGAGAUGGACGCGAGGAUGUUCGGUCUCGAGACCCCGCUGAUGGUGGCGCUGCAGCACCUGCUGGACGUGCCCGACGGCGACGCCGGCGCGGCGGGCGGCGACAAGGCGGGCGCCGGCGCGGGCGGCGGGGCCACGCGCACCUACGUCCGCGACGCGCGCGCCAUGGCGGCCACCCCGGCCGACGUCAAGGAGCUUCCGGGCGCGUACGCGUUCGUGGUGGACAUGCCGGGGCUGGGCACGGGCGACAUCAAGGUGCAGGUGGAGGACGACCGGGUGCUGGUGAUCAGCGGCGAGCGGCGCCGGGAGGAGCGCGAGGACGCCAAGUACCUGCGCAUGGAGCGGCGGAUGGGCAAGUUCAUGCGCAAGUUCGUGCUCCCGGACAACGCCGACAUGGACAAGAUCUCGGCCGUGUGCAGGGACGGCGUGCUCACGGUCACCGUCGACAAGCUGCCCCCGCCUGAGCCCAAGAAGCCCAAGACCAUCGAGGUCAAGGUCGCCUGAGCUGAGCGGACCGUCGACAGAAACCGAAGUUUGGAAGAUAUCGGAGCAGUGCCAGUGAGCUGAGAACCUGUGCGUUUCUGUCCCUGGAUGUGAUGAGGAAGAGGAAUAAUCCGUUGCACUGGUAGUAAGUGGUAGCUGUAGUAGUGUGCUUCUGAAGUUGUGUGUGUUUUGCUUCCUUCGGUCGCGCGGUGUCUAUCUACCGAUCCUAUCUGAUGUAUCGACUUUGGUUUAGUUUCGUCUUGAACCAUGCUGGGUUUGAAGCUUUGUAAUGCAAAAGGAGAAUGUUCCGAUGCUUUCUCGAUAAUAAAUCUCUGUUCAUCUA